UAUUAAUUCCAUUAUUGAAAUUAUUAUUAAUUAUAUUUUGAUAUAAUGGCAAAUAAUGAGGAUAAUAAAAGUGAAGGUUCAGCUGAAAUUGAAGGUGAAAAUGAAAAUGAAGAGAAUGAGGAAACAGAAAAGAUUCUUAUCAUAGAUCCUGAUAGUGAAGAAUUAGAUUUCAAUCAUUCAAGAUUAACAAAAUUAGAAAAUUUAGAACCAUUGAGGAAAAUACGUAGAUUAUGUUUUACAUGGAAUCUGAUAAAGAAAAUUGAAAAUCUUGAUACACUUACAACUUUGGUUGAGUUAGAGUUAAGAGAUAAUCAGAUUGUUAUUAUAGAAAACUUGGAUGUUCUUGUAAAUUUGGAACUUUUAGAUUUAUCUUUCAAUCGUAUCAAAAAAAUAGAAGGAUUGGAGAAUUUAUUGAAUUUACAAAAAUUGUUUCUAUCAUCAAAUAAGAUUCAAUGUAUUGAAAAUUUAUCACAUUUAAAAAAUCUUGUAACUCUUGAAUUGGGUGAUAAUAAAAUAAGAGAAAUAAUUAAUCUUGAAGGACUUGAAAAUCUAACAAAUUUAUUUCUUGGUAAAAAUAAAAUAACAAAAAUUAAAAACAUGGGAUGUUUACAAAAUCUUCAAUUAUUAAGUCUUCAAAGUAAUCGUAUUACAAAAAUAGAAAAUUUAGAAGAAUUGAAAAAUUUAGACCAAAUAUAUUUAUCUGAAAAUGGUAUAUCAUGUAUUGAAGGAUUAUCAAAUUGUUCAAAAUUAACAACCUUUGAUUUAGCAAAUAAUAAAAUAAAAAAAAUUGAAAAUAUUGAACAUCUUGAAGAUUUAGAAGAGUUUUGGAUAAACAACAAUGAAAUUGAGGAAUGGAUAACUAUAGAGAAUUUAGCUCUUAAUAAGAAAUUACAGACUGUAUAUUUAGAACAUAAUCCUAUUGCCAAAGAUCCAAACUACAGAAGAAAAAUCAAAUUAUUGCUGCCAUGGCUUGUUCAAUUAGAUGCAACACUUUGCAGAUAGAAAAUACUAUUUUACAAAAUAGAUGUCUCUGAUAGAGAUUCUUUGAUCUAUAAUAAUAUCUACUGAUAUUGUUACUUAUCUCUUUUUAUUGCUUUUAAAAGAUUAUUUUUAGCAAAUAAAUCAAAAAUACCUAUACUCUUAUUAGCAAAAGGUAAAAAUAAUUACAAUUUUUUUUAACUAUAAAAUGUAUUUUUUUAUAUUUUACAUUUUGUUAAUAAUCUAAUUAAUAUUGUUGUUAAAGAACUGAAAUUUGUUACUAUUUUGAAUAAUUAGAAACGUAAAUUUUUUAACAAAAAAUAAUAUAAAUGUUUAAAAGUUCAAUAGUUCAACAUUUUUUAUAAUUUUAAAGUCAAGA